ACAAUCACUUCUAAGAUGGGGCCUGAGCCUGGGAGACAUUUCCCAGGAGAGGACUCAGUGCCCCUUGCACCCUUCUCUUACUUUGUUUCCUUGUUUCUUCUCUCUUCACACUGUCUCCUUUUGGCUGCUCUGUGCCCAUCCUCUGGGCCUCAUAGGAGGGGAGGGCCUUCGCAGGACAAGGAGGAUCCUCUACAAAUGAGCAUCACCAGUGCUGGGAUAACAGUGUCUGGACAGCUGGUUCCAUGCUUCAUUUCUAAGGAGGGUGCUUCUCUAAUUCCUCUAACUAGCUAACCCUAACCCUAUAGUUCAGCGGCAGAACACUUGCUUAGCAUGCAUGAGGCCAUGGGGUCCAUCCUAUGGAACCCUACAAACCUGUGGUCUGCCUGGGCCACCCUCUGACCAGGCUCCACAUACCUGGGACAAGUUGUGGCACUGCCCUCCCUUGCCCAAUCCCUCCAGUUCCACUGCAGCUCUUCAGCCCUGGUCUUGGCAGGUGGCCCUUGUUCUGCAGCCCACUCCCCUCCCCCAUUUUCACCACACUGAUGCCAUGGACCUCUUUGCCUCUGUCUCCUUGCCCCUCUCUCAGCCUCUGGAGAACAGCAGCUUGGUUUUUCAAUCCCUGCAUCCCCAGUCUGUGUCUGGGCACAGCACCCCAUCUUAGGAAGGUGAACUCCAGGAGACUGACAGGUGCUGCUGGAAACACCAGCAGUGUGCUGGACAUAUCAUCCACCCCUUCUUGGACUGUGGCCACCACAACCGGCACAUGCACGCUGUCAGCCACUGCGACUGUGAAUCUAGGCUGAAGGACUGCUCAGGGAAGACAAAUAGUAGCAGAUCCCGAGAUGUAGGCCCGACCUGCUCCAGAGAUCGGGGCUCAACCUGCUUCAACAUCAUCCAUACCCCUUGCUUUGAAUUCAUCCCAGAGGAAGAGUGUGUGGAGCGGAUCUGGUACAGCUGGUGCAAAGGCUACAGGCCUCUCUCUGUGGCAGUAAUCCACCAUCCCAUUCAUCAUGUGUGUAGGACAGAUAACCUACACGAGAAGGAGGAUGAAGAGGAUGAAGAGGAGGAAGAAGAGACCCCACCUUCCAUCCCAACUCAGUUGUGCCCCACUGCCAUACCUACUGACCCAGUCGGGUCGGUCACCAGGACUCCCGACUCAGCAGCGCCCAUCACCAUCUGGCGUUCUGAGAGCCCCACAGAAAAGAGUCAGGAGGGCAAGGCCAUCAAGAAGAUAAAGAAGAAAAAGGAGAAGGAGAAAGACAACGAGGAUGAGAUAGUGGAUGAAAAGGCAAAGUUGAAGAAAAAAGUCAAGGGCAAGAUAAUUAAGAAGAAAAGCCCAGCAAAAUCAGAAUCUUCCCCUCCAGACUUGAGCCGAUCACUAAGCCCAAGAGAACUAGUCAGGACAUCAGAGUCCAGCCCAGAAAGUCGGGAAGAGCUGGAGAGUGAGGACAGUUAUGAACGGGGUAAAAAGGAGCCCUCCAGCGAAGAUAUUGUGGAGUCAUCACCCAAGAAGAGAGAGAAGAGCACCUCCCAGGCCAAAAAGAAUGGGACAAAGACCUUACAAACCAGGAAAACGAGCAAGAGAAAAUCUCCCCCAGUGUCCAACCCCAAUCUCAGCUGAGGCCAGGGCAACCAGAGUGAAUAAAUCAAGCCUGUAACUGA